AAACUACACACAUUAUCAAAAAAAAAAAAAAAAAAGAUGGCGAAAACGUUCAAAUCCAUAAGAGAUAAGACGUUUUCCGGUGUGGGAGAUCUGAUCAAGCUCCUCCCGACAGGAACUGUCUUCGUGUUCCAGUUCCUAAACCCUGUCUUAACCAACAACGGCCACUGUUCUCUCGUCAACAAAUACUUGACCGGAGCUCUCAUCGUCGUCUGCGCCUUCUCGUGCUGCUUCUCUUGCUUCACCGACAGUUACAGAACCGCCGACGGAACCCUACACUACGGAAUCGCCACCGUGAAGGGUCUAUGGCCGAAUUCCUCGUCGGCCGACCUGUCGGGCUAUCGGCUUCGUGUCGGAGACUUCGUCCAUGCAUUCUUCUCUCUGGUCGUGUUUUCGGUUAUAUCGCUGCUGGACUCGAACACCGUUAACUGUUUCUACCCGGCGUUUGCUUCCGCCGGCAAGCUUUUUCUGAUGAUUUUGCCUCCGGUGAUCGGAGCUAUCUCCGGCGUCGUUUUCACGGUGUUCCCUUCCAAACGUCACGGAAUUGGUUAUCCUUCGGACAACGACGACGGUGCUGCUAAUGUUGCAGUGACGGAGAAAUGACUAUAAACAGAUGGUUUCUAUAUAUAGAAUGAAAUUGGACAAGAUCGAAGGUUUGGAGAUUUGUCGAAGUGUUGCCAUUUGUAAAAAAAAAAAUAAAAAUUGUUUUAUUUUUUGUGAUUUGUAAAGAGUGCAAUAUGUUUAUUCGAUGUGUAAAAAUGUAUUGUACAAAGUCUUGCAUUGUAUUUGUAUAUUUAAUUUCAAUAAGCGUAUCAGCACAUUCGUUCUUCUGAUUU